CCAACGCAGGGAGGAUGACGGACGACUACCGCUCGGACGUGGGCCGCUGGGCCCGGGGUCCCUGGCGUGCGGACGGCGCCCCGUCCCCGUCCCCGGAGCCGACCCCGACCUCGACCCCCGACGGCCGGUCGGGCCGGUCCUUCUGGGCCCGCUGCUGCGGCUGCUGCUCCCGCCGGAGUCGGGUGGACGAGUCGGACUGGGGGCCGGAGCCCGGGCCCGACGGGUCCGGAGGGCCGGGGAGGGCCGGAGGGUCGGGGAGGGCCGGGGGGCCCGGCUCCCGCGGGUCCGGCUCCCGCAGGCCCGGCUCCCGCAGGCCCGGCUCCCGGGGAGGCACCGUCAACGGGGCCGGCGACGGCACCGUCCGAGAUGGCAUGCUGGUGGUGACCGGGGUGGACCUGCUGAGCGGACGGUCGAGCCAGAACCGUCGGGACCACCACACCGACGAGUUCGAAUACGACGAGCUGGUCCUGCGCCGCGGGCAGCCCUUCCACCUCAGCCUCAGCCUGGCCAGGCCCUACCAGUCCUCCGACCGCAUCACCCUCGAGCUGCUCAUCGGCUCGACGCCCGAGGUCGGCAAGGGCACCCACAUCAUCAUCCCGGUGGGCAGAGGUGGCGGCGGGGGGUGGAGCGCCCAGGUGACCAAGGCGAGCGGGCAGCACGUCAACCUGCGGGUCAACACCUCUCCCAGCGCCAUCGUGGGCAAGUUCCGCUUCACCGUGCGCACCCAGUCAGACGCGGGGGAAUUCCAACUGCCCUUCGACCCCCGCAACGAGAUCUACAUCCUCUUCAACCCCUGGUGCUCUGACGACCCCGUGUUCGUGAACCGGGAGGACUGGCGUCAGGAGUACGUGCUCAACGAGGUCGGCCGCAUCUACUACGGCACGGAGGCCCAGAUCGGGGAACGCACGUGGAACUACGGCCAGUUUGACCACGGCGUGCUGGACGCCUGCCUCUACAUCUUGGACCGGCGGGGCAUGCCCUACGCGGGCCGCGGCGACCCCAUCACCGUCUCCCGCGUGGUCUCCGCCAUGGUGAACUCCCUGGAUGACAACGGGGUGCUGAUCGGGAACUGGUCCGGCGACUACUCGCGGGGCACCAACCCCUCGGCCUGGGUGGGCAGCGUGGAGAUCCUCCUCAGCUACCUGCGCACCGGCUACUCCGUCCCCUACGGCCAGUGCUGGGUCUUCGCCGGAGUCACCACCACAGUUCUGCGCUGUCUGGGCAUCGCCACCCGCACCGUGACCAAUUACAACUCCGCCCACGACACGGACACCUCUCUCACCAUGGACAUCUACUUCGACGAGAACAUGAAGCCCCUGGAGCAUCUCAACCGAGACUCCGUCUGGAACUUCCACGUGUGGAACGACUGCUGGAUGAGGCGGCCGGACCUCCCCUCGGGCUUUGACGGCUGGCAGGUGGUGGACGCCACGCCCCAGGAGACCAGCAGCGGCAUCUUCUGCUGCGGCCCCUGCUCGGUGGAGUCCAUCAAGAACGGCCUGGUUUACAUGAAGUACGACACGCCCUUCAUCUUUGCCGAGGUGAACAGUGACAAAGUGUACUGGCAGCGACAGAGUGACGGCAGCUUCAAGAUCGUCUACGUGGAAGAGAAGGCCAUCGGCACCCUCAUCAGUACCAAGGCCAUUGGCUCCAACAUGCGAGAGGACAUCACCCACAUCUACAAGCACCCCGAAGGCUCGGACGCGGAGCGUAAGGCGGUGGAGACGGCGACGGCCCACGGCAGCAAGCCCAACGUGUACGAAUCGCGGGACGCGGCCGAGGACGUGGGGGUGCAGGUGGAGGCGGAGGACGCGGUGAUGGGGCAGGACCUGGCGGUCAGCGUGGUGCUGACCAACCGGGGCGGCAGCCAGCGCACCGUGAAGCUGCACCUCUACCUGUCGGUCACCUUCUACACCGGCGUCACCGGCCCCGUCUUCAAGGACAGCAAGAAGGAAGUGGCCCUGGCCCCGGGAGCCUCGGAUCGGGUGGUGCUCCCGGUAGCCUACUCGGAGUACAGGCCGCACCUGGUGGACCAAGGGGCGAUGCUGUUGAACGUGUCGGGCCGCGUCCUGGAGAACGGGCAGGUGCUGGCCAAGCAGCACACCUUCCGCCUGCGCACGCCGGACCUGUCCCUCACGGUGCUGGGGGCGGCCGUGGUCGGCCAGGAGACGGAGGUACAGAUUGUCUUCAAGAACCCUCUGCCCAUCACCCUCACCAACGUGGUCUUCCGGCUCGAGGGCUCGGGGCUGCAGCGCUCCAAAGUCCUCAACGUUGGAGACAUCGGGGGCAAUGAGACGGUGACGCUGCGUCAGACGUUCGUGCCGGUGAGGCCGGGCCCCCGCCAGCUGGUGGCCAGCUUGGACAGCCCGCAGCUCUCCCAGGUGCACGGAGUCAUCCAGGUGGACGUGGCCCCCGCUCCCGACGGCAGCUCCUUCGCCGGGGCCCGGGGCAGCAGCAACCGUUCCGGGGAAAACAUCCCCAUGGUGGGGCGAGGCGAGGGCUAGCCCGAGACCGGGCACAGACUGGGGC